AUGAUGCUUAACUGCUUCAUAGUUUUCGCUGUUUCCUUCCAAAUUUGCAGUGGUUUUAAUCUGCACAGUUUGAUUCGCGAAAGAAGAGCUGCGAAGCCUGAAGAUGUAAAGCUGUAUCUAUUCAACAAUAAUGUGAAAAACGAAUCGCUGAAUGAUAAACCCAACGACUAUUUGGACACUUCAAAACCUACAGUUUUUAUUGCCCAUGGAUACACCCAAAAUCCACAACAGCCUUACUUCAGCUCAAUGACGGAGGCGUUUUUGAAAAACAACGACGAGUACAACAUCAUACAUGUUGACUGGGAAAAGCCAGCGAGACAGUUUUACAUAACUUCGGCGAAAAACACCAAAUUAGUUGGAAACAUACUGGCUGAUUUUAUUGUAAGUCGUAACUUGGAUUUGAAAAAACUACACCUUGUUGGACAUUCGUUGGGAGCGCAUUUAGCAGGCUUCGCUGGUAAAAAACUGCAAGAACUGACGGGCAAAAAAGCCGGAAGGAUAACAGGAAUCGAUCCUGCUGGUCCUUAUUUCGUGUCCGAUAGCAUUACAUCUUCAGAUCGUUUGUCGAAUGAAGAUGCGGAAAUUGUAAUCAUCAUUCACACCGAUUACACGUUGUUUGGUUACAAAAAUCCUCUAGGAACAUUUGACAUUUAUGCCAAUGGAGGCGAUGGUAAACAACCUUUUUGUAUCAAAGAGUAUGAGAACAGGGCUGGGUCUAUGGAAGCAUCGAUUUGUCAUCAUAUGGUUGCUUGUGAUUAUUUCGCUGAGUUCGUCAAUUCGAAGUUUGAUUGUAAAAUGUGCAAUUCCAUAGAAGACUACGAAAAUGGCAGUUGUAGUGGAAAUAAUCUUCAAGUAUCUUAUAAUGAUAUCAAUGAACAAGUUACUGGAUUGUGCUUUGCCAAAACUAAUGAAGAACGUCCAUUUUUAUAAGAUUUUUCUGAAUACUAAUAAAAAACAUAUACAUGAAUGCUUAA